AUGAGCUUCGGAACUUCGGGUAUGUUGAGACACGACAAGGGACCAGGAAAGGAAGUGGCAAUGACUGAUGUUGCUGACCUAUGGCGAGACCAAGAAUCUAAUUUGGCGUUGAUUGAGCUUGCACAAGAACCGAGGCUUGCUGGAAAUGACAAUGGAUGGGCUGAUCCAGCCGUGAAGGGGUGA